CGCACCUCGCCCGCGGGAAGGGCGGAGGGGCGCGCUCGCUCGCCAAGGGGGUCGGAGGGACACGUCGCGAUCGAUGGGGUGCGUCGCUCGCGUCGCGUCUAUGCUCGCGGCCCCACCACACGCGACGAUCCCGAUAAGAUGUCGUUCGUCGCGUCCCGCCCCGCGCGUUUGCCGCGCCGAGCGCGCGCGCGGUGGCCCGUCCUCGUCGGAGGAGGAUGCAGACGGCGCGGCGCCGAGGCACUGGAGCAGGAAGCUGCGCGGCGCCGGGUCGGACGUCACCAGGGACGACCUGCGGUACAUGUCUGCCAAGGUGGCGCCCUCGGGGAACGACGCGGGAGGCCUCGGGGCUACGCUCAUCGGGGUGAAGCGCGACAGGGACAACGUCACGCUCGUGGAGGAUGAGAGACUCGUCGUACCGUUCCUCGCCGAGGCGUUGGGAGUGACGCAGCCGGAGGCGGAGGACGCGCUCGCGCAGCUGUGCGCGAUCCUCCCGCCGGUGCGACGCCGGGGUGCGAUCCGCAAGAUGGGCGCGCCGACGAUCGCGAGGCUGUGCCGCGAUCUUCCCGGUCUGUCGCGCAGGCUCUUGGAACUGAAAAGAGUCUUCCCCGCGUGCGACGUAGCGGAGAUGGCCGUCGUCUCCAGCCACCUCCUGACCGAGUCGAUGGAAGACGUCAUCGAGCCGAGCCUGGCGGCGCUGAGGGAGACGUUCCCCGAGGCUGGCGUAGACGGGAAACCCGGGGUGGACAGGAUGGUCUUUGCGGUGCCGCAGCUGUUGGACGCGGACUUUGCUAAAAAAGCCGUCGCCGCCGUCUCUUCAUCGUUCGGCGUCGAUCUCGAGGCGGCGACGCGCGCGGUGCACAAGGACCCGAGGCUGGCGCUGAGGGUGGAGAGCGGAGCGGUGCGGAGCAGGUACUCCGCCAGCUUCGAUCAGGCGAACGUGGUGGCGAACAGGGUGGUGAAGGAGCGGGCGAGGGAGGAUUAUUACCGCCCGGGGCGGGCGAGGGAGCCGUGAAGGUAGACUAUUUACACGUAUUAAGUAGCCGUAUUAAGUGUUAGAACCCAGAGCCUCGGCGACUGUUCGUUCGACUCGACGCUUCGCGAGUGAGAAACGACCGCGCUUCGCGAUUGAAACGUCGGCUCGGCGCGGCGACGGCGAGCGUCUCGAAUCCGUCUC